AUGAGAUAUCUAGCAGCGCGGUCCUUUCCAACUCUUGGAGCAGGACAGCAGUGCUAUUUCCUGCAGACAAGGAUCCAUAUCUCUCGAUAUCAGAGCUGCUGGAAUCACCACCAUACACCAAAUACAGCAACACGGCCUUUUUCAUCCAGACAAACGCCCGAGACACCGCUGGACCCAGCCCCUCCCAAAAUCCAGGCCAGUGUCCAACCUAGGCAAACACAUAAAGACCGAGAAAAAGUGGUCGUCUUGGGUUCUGGCUGGGGCGGAUACACGCUGUCUCGCAAGAUCUCAAGCAGCAAAUAUGACUGCACCAUCAUCUCGCCGCGCUCGUACUUUGUCUUCACGCCGCUGCUGACCGACACGGCAGCAGGGAACCUAGAUUUCUCGUCGAUUGUCGAGCCUGUGCGCGAUCACAAGACAAAAGUCGACUUUAUCCAGGCCGCUGCCAGAUCAGUCGAUCUCAAGAAAAAAGUCGUCAUGUGCGAGGCUAGUGUGGUCAAGUCCGGAGUCACAGAGUCCCCGCGAGUCGAAGAGAGUGAGCGCACAUAUGAAGAAGGGCCCGAAACGGGGUCGAUGCGCGGCAAGGAGCAUCUGCGGCAGUGGGAACAGGGCCAGAUGUUUGAAAUCCCGUACGACAAGCUGGUGAUCGCUGUUGGAUGUGUGAGUCAGACCUUUGACACGCCCGGGGUGCGCGAGAACGCCCUGUUUUUCAAAGACAUUGGCGAUUCGCGCAGAGUCAAGCGCCGCCUGCGCGAGUGCUUUGAGCUGGCUACGCUGCCAACGACGACAGAGGAGAUGCAGCGUCAUUUACUCCAUUUUGCCAUCGUGGGCGCCGGUCCUACGGGUACAGAGCUAGCAGCAACACUGCGGGAUUUCAUUGCGCGGAAUAUGGAUGAGCUGUAUCCGAGCUUGAAGGGGAAGGCCAGAAUGACGCUGUACGAUAUUGCUCCUACGGUGCUGAGUAUGUUUGACAAGUCGCUGUCGCAGUAUGCAAUGGAGACCAUGUCCAAGGAAGGAAUCGAGAUCCGGACGUCACAUCACAUCGAAGAGCUGAGAUGGGGAGUUCCCAAUAGUUGUGCACCGCAUGAGAUGGAUCCCAAGGGGUGUCUUACGCUGAAAACCAAAGAGGAGGGAGAGGUUGGUGUUGGCAUGUGUGUGUGGGCAACAGGGAACACGAUGAACAAGUUUGUCAAGAAUGCCCUAAACGGCGUGGAUGAGUUUCCGGAACAGUCCGUCCACCUAAACAACACCAACGGUUCUACACCAGAGACAAGGACCGGAUGGCACGUCAAGAAAGCGCCCAAGGUUGGAGCGCUUCUCGUCGACGGCCAUUUCCGAGUGCAGCUUGAAAAUGAAGAGAGCAAGCAGACAGCAGUGUUGCAAGAUGUCUUUGCCAUUGGCGACAACGCGAUGCCCGAAACAGGCGCUCCGCCGGCCACAGCGCAGGCGACAAACCAAGAAGCGAAAUGGCUGGCAGACCGCUUCAACCAGGGUGAUAUCGACCGGGUAGGCGACUUUUCAUUCCGCAAUAUGGGGACGUUGGCAUACAUUGGCAAUGCCAAUGCCCUAAUGCAGAUCCCACACGAGAAGAAGGACGGCGGCCGGCGGAAUCCGUAUCUGCCAGAAGGGCUGACGGGCAGGAUGGCCUGGUUGGUGUGGAAGGUAGCGUACCUGAGUAUGAGUAUCAGUUGGCGAAAUCGGAUGCGGAUUAUGUUUCGGUGGGCCAACAAUCGUGUGUUUGGCAGCGAUGUGUCGCGGUUUUAA